UGUUUAAAUUUAUCCCGGGUGCGUUCUCUCAGCACAUGCUCAGAUAUGACGUAACACGAGCAAUCAGCACUGGACUGCUGUGGAAAGUUUGUUUUUGAUCUAAACUAAAUUUGCAAGACUGGAGGAACGAAAAACUCGCAAUACAGAGUUAUUCCAACAAUUGAAAGAAAAACUUGUGAUGUUGAUGUUUACGCUUUACUGCCCCAUUACUAUUCUGUUUGAUAAUAGCGGCGCAUGUAGACAAGAGAUUGGAAUAUUCCUUUCAAUGUAUACCAUUGUUUUCGGAAAAGUCAUUCGGAAAGAGGAAAAACUCCUCAUGUAAACGUGGCAAAAGGGAACCUUACCAAUUUGACUUCUGAGUCCUACGAAUACUACCCCCGUAAUUCUAUUGUACAACCUCUGAACCCCUUAAUCUGUAAUCUAUUGUCAUAAGUCAGUGUCACAAUAAAAAACAUGAUAUAUUCUAUAUACACAUGUACUGUAUAUAGUACCUAAAAAAGAGCAUUUCAUUUAUAUUUGGAAUCAGAAGCUGUAUAUACUGUACUAUAUUACAUUGGAAUUUUACAGCUGUGAGUCAAAGACAGCAAGUGUCAGAAGUAGACAGGUGCUUAUCUAAAAGGCAUGUAUAAACCUGUGCUAGGACGCCCUUCACGUCACCGCUGUCACACCUUCCUGUGGGCGUAAUACCACUGACGUAAGGUUAAAGGCAAGCAUUAGAGUUGUCUGCGUUGUGUUGAAGACACAAUCGAAUAGUGGAAUUCCUCACACUAAACCAAGGAUGUUAAUAUGACCAAAUAUUUGUUUUCCAAGAUUGGUCUCGUUGAGAUAAAGGAUCUUUUAAGAGAUAUAAAGCGGUCGAGAAGGAUCCAUGUUGUUCUAAAUCAUAAAUGGCGUAAGUACAUCCAGUCCAUCAAGGGAAACCAUGGAAAAUACACAGUAAAACUCAGCUCAAAGACUGACCGUAAACAUCAGCCAACACUUGAAAAUUUGCUCCAGGAUAAAGUGUAUUUAGCAGCCUUCCACUCAUAUCUGCAGUCUGAGUUUAGUGAUGAAAACAUUGACUUUUGGCUCGCUUGUGAGAACUUCAGGGCAACUGCCUCAUCGGAUAACCUGCAGCAGAAAGUGAGGGAGAUCUAUGAGGAGUUCAUUCAGCCUACAGCCUCCAAAGAGAUCAAUGUUGACCACUCCGUUAGAGAGAAGAUCAAGAAAUCCUUGGAUUAUCCAAGUCUAACAUGCUUCAAUGAGGCCCAGAAACAUGUUUACCUCCUUAUGGAAAGAGACUCUCGUCCGAGGUUUCUGCAGUCCAGUGCUUACCUAGGACUAAAGCACAAAUCCAUGACUCUGUGAUCAGCAUCCAGUCCUUCAUUUGUUGACUCAAUCAUGUUCAAAAACACAAUCUGCCAUUCGCUUAUUUGAAUUAAAAUGAAUGCAUUAAAGUAGCGGUUUCUAUUUAUCAUCUGUAUCAACUGAAGGUGUUCAUCAUCAAGUUUCCACAGCUCACCCAGCAAGGAGAUUCUCUUUUUAGUCACAUGUCUGAUAUAUCCUCUAAUUAGGCACAGAGAUUACUCUACUCACCAGCAAUAGGGUUUACCAAAGUGGAAAAAAGUAACCCCACCGUAA